GACCUCGUAGGCUGUAACUGGACACUCUCUUAACGCGCGUCAGGAUCGUUAAGUAUAGUUUAAUAUUAGUGUUGUCUAAAAAAAACAUGCCUUUCAAAUUAGUUCCCUUUCCUCUCUUCUUUCUUUAACACUUGUUGUUGUAAGUGGCAAAGAGUGAAAACGGCAGAUCUAAAAACAAGUUCCACUGGGUUCUGAGGAUCCUCAAGUUCAACAGUUCUAGCAAGAUCUAAAAUAGGAGAGGCUUUCAAGUAGGAUGAUUAUGAUGAUGAUGAUGAUGAUGCAUGAUGAUAACUAAGGGUCGGAACAAGGUAGAAACGAUUACUUGCUGACAGUGAAGCUCAACUAGUUCACAUACCUCGCGUCUUGACUCAACCCGUUCUUCCUCAUCAAGUACAGGGAUAGGAAUGUUAUCUAUGUCAAAUUAAUUUUCAUUCCUUGCAACUAGAAAUCUUCAAUCGGAGGCGGUUGACCGUGAUUUUGCAAUUCAAAACAACUUAGAGGAUCAUUCUGGGCCCUCUUCCACUUUUAUGGGGACAGGAUCCCUAGCCUAGGCAAGCAUUUUUCAAGUGGGCUUGAAGUUGCGCGGGCUGCAGGGAUGGCUGUCGCCGACGCAGUCAAACCGGAGCUCAACGUAAAUGUCGAGACGCUCGCCAAGAACCUUAUGGAAAAAUGGAAACUCGACGACAAAAGCACAGAGGCACUGUGGGCAAUUCUGAGCUAUGUGUUACGGUGGACCCAUGACAAAACGCCUCAUGCUAGCAAGAAGGAUGUCCUGGCGCAACUGAAAAAGCAUGCGGGAAAAUAUAAAAGUUAAAGUGGUUCGAUAUGAUAUUAAUUUGAGAAUAUCAAUAUCUUUUCUCGAUAAAGCGAUGCUUUCCUCGUAAUCAUGUUCAUCGUUAGUGCAGCCAAGAACAUGCGUAUCUAUCUUUAGGAAUCUUAUCGCUGUCUCAUUGAUCGUCGCUCGCGUCUGUUUCUAUGCGGUAUGUAAAAGUUACGCCUUUUUACAGACAGCGUUGCAUCUUGCAGCUUGCGCGUAAUCUAAGUUGCAUUGUAGUUGAGCUCAUAACGCUGAUUCGAUACAGUACAGAUACCCACCGCGUUACCCCUCGGGCCUGUCGAUC